GAAAAAAACUGGCCACGACCCGCAGCUUUGGCCUGCCUUAGCCCAGCAAUGGGGUGGGCACGCCAUCGAGUUGUGCGAGGCCUCCUGGCUGUGUUGCUGGGACCAGCGUUUGUGAGGUUGGGGCGCAUGGCAAGAUUUUCUGGCGAGAAGGAGAGGGGCUUGACGUACCAGGAUGAGGAGUAUUGGGAGCAGCGCUACAAAACGGGCGACAAAGGUGCACGGCAGGACAAGAUCGACGACCGCGGCCAGGGUUGGCUGUGCCCCUACGAGGGCCCACUGCAGGAGACCUUGCACGCGGUCACCGCCAACGACCGCAGCAAGCUGAUCCUCAACAUAGGCUGUGGUCUGGACCGCCUGAGUCCGGACAUCUAUGCGGAUGGCUACACCAAUCUCCUGAGCACCGACAUCUCCCCGCACGCGGUGGAGGAGAUGCAGCGGGUCACCAAGGAGGAGAUGCCUUCCGCACGGUGGAUGGUGGACGACAUCAUGCAGAUGGGUUUGGAUUCAGAGUCAGUGGAUGUGAUCGUGGACAAGGGGACCUUGGACGCGCUGCUGAUCCAGCAAGGGCCCUUCAGCUGCGCCGCCAAGGCGCUCUACGAGAUCCAGCGGGUGCUCAAGGUCGGGGGUAUCUACCUCCUCGUGACGCAUGGGCGAGGAGAUCCGGAGACAUGGCGGCUUCCCCUGCUGAGCAUGCCGCACCUCUCCUUCAAUCUGGCCAAGACGCCGGACAUGGGCGGGUACUACAUCUUCGUGUGUACGAAGCUGCCGCAGGAGGAGGCGAAGGCGCAGGCGGGCUGGGAGGAGGCGCAGCGCUGGGCGCGGCAGCGGGACGAGGAGGACCAGGAGGUGGAGUUUGCCGCCAUCGACGAGGUGGGACAGUGAGGUCCAAGCCCGCGGAGUUUCUUUAGCGCUGAGAUCGCUCGAUCUCAGCGCCGGCUGAGUCUCUGAGCCGCACUUUGAAGCUCAGGGGCUUUGCGGCAGGUUUCCUUCCGCGCGCGCGGAGGCAAAAGGAAGGAGACAGCAGGU